GUCUGUUGGUCAAAUUUGUUGUUCCGUUUGCGGAGGCGAAAAAUUAAAAAUAAGUAGGUACAAGCUAAAAUGGAAAGUAGGGACGACAGAGUAUUUGAUAAGGAGCAGUGGAAACUUCAGGCAGAAGCGGUCACAGCUGACGUUAAGUGCCACGUUAAGGAAUUGAAAUUAUCAGACAAACUACCGAAUACGAACAACAGGGUGUAUCUAAACUUGACGACGCUGGAAGACGUAAAAUAUUGCAUAGAACUGUCGCCCCUCGGUUUUUGCAUCGUUGAUACUACAUACGACAGCGAUUUGAACCGUGAAGCUAAAUAUUACGAAACCCCUUACAGCCUGCUGAACUACAUCAGCCCCGGAUAUACACGUUCCUUUGGAUUACUGCUCCACGAAAAACUUGACAAAAUCCAGCAUAAAUAAUGCAUUAAACACCGUGUACCGUCGUACGAAAUAAAAGCUAUCAUAUUCGAA